UCCAUUCAAGAUGGACGACCCCUCGAGUCCUGAAAAGGUUGAUAUCCUCGGCGAAUUUAACCUUCUUCCCGCUAUUUUCGACAUCAUUAACUCAGUUCAAAAGACCGGAGACACACAAGAAAUGGUCAAGAAGGUCAAUAAUUUUAGAGCCAAGUUACAGCAUUGCCGUGAACUUCUAAACACCGUUCCAGGGCUGGACAUGAGCUGUGAAGAACAGAAAGCGUUGCUAGAAAAACACAAAAAAGAGCUCGAACGAAAGAGUGCUCUUGUUGUGAAAUAUAAAGACCUGCCUGUCUUCUCAGAAGCAAUUAUGAAGGAAAUGCUUUGACAUGAGGACUUGCGGCAAAUGUCUGUCCUUUUGGCCAUGAAGACAAAUUAAUAGCCAAAUAAGGCUCUAAAGGUUUACUCCAGUUUCAAGUUCUCUGUUCCUCAAGAUUAACUUCAACUUUGUGCAGAAUACUCUUGUGUUCCAGUGAAGAUUGAUAGAAUCUUGUGUUUGUAUUGUUGAAGUUGUGCAUUCCUUACUUUAUCAUUGGCAUUUGUGAAUAUUUAGACACUGAUACGAGGCUAGGUUUGAAUAAAUGAGUCUGUAAUCAUGGAACACAACAGUAAUUUGAAACUUGAAAAAGGUCUAUUGCAACUGAAGUCAACAUAAUGGCCCAGUGUCCGCCUAUAACAGGUAAUGAACACCUCAGGUAUAACCUAUUGGCAUGAUAUGAUAUCAUUUGACUACCACUACUAAAAUGCUUUGCAAUUUUUCUUAAUUAAUCAAACAUGUAUUUCCUUAUGAUAAAAGAAACACAAUUGGUGCCAACUAACUGAACAAAAGUUGAAAGUGUGUAAGGGAUUCUGGUAGCUUAAUAAAA